GUUCGUACUAUGGUUGUUCUUUUAACCUCUCAUACCAAUUACAAUACCAUGUGCAGCUCAAAAUAUUGUGAUACCUCAAUAUCUAUGCUGUGUUACAGGUCUCAUUUGAUGGAUGUUACAAAAAUCGGCAAGCAAGUGUGUGAAUAUGGUCAAUGGCAAUGAAAAACAUCUGUGGAUGAGAUUUACUGUAUCAAAUGGAAAUGUACAAGAUGACAAUUUUCAAAGCAGCACACUCAGACAUUCAAUAGAGUAUUAUUUUUUAUUUUUUAUUAACAUCUUUAUUUUCUUUAUUUAUUCUUUUAACAUCCAUACAAAUGCAAAUAACACAAGCAUAAAAUAUGAACAUGGCUUCAGAAUGCAGUCAGACAGCUACUGCUGUGUAACAGGUCUCCACCCAUAGUUUUGGUGGGCCCCACCCAGAUCUGUGUCAUUGCCUGUUUAAGAUAGUAGGUGGGGCUGAUAAGGUAGUUUCAGGUAAGAAACAGGAAGUGCAAAGAAACUAUCUUGUACCUCCAUGAAAUAGUAACCAUUUGUACACCUCACUGCUGUAACCACAAUAAUGAAGGAUAAAGAAGCUCAUUGUUUCUCUCCCUUUAGCCAACACUGGUCGAAAUGACCCCAACGUCGGCUGCUGUGACUGUUUUUUUGAUCGCCUGGCUCAAGUGUGGGUAUUCUCAGGAUCCUGUUGAAAUCAACUUUGCAACUGCUCCGGUGCUGGCCACGUCGGGAGCGCCAGCAGAGUUCUCGAUCAUAACCUUGUCAGCCAUUUUCACCACGCAAUGGCUCGCACCAGGUGGUGGAGCGAUCGGGACUUGGACCUCCGCGGGGCCAGUGGUCAACGGCGAUUACACCGGUCGGGUCAGCCUCACGGCCACUCGGCUCGAGAUCAUCACCGCGGAGCUGCGCGACGCAGGGAACUAUACCGUCGUUGUGACACCCAGUGACACCACAGGCCUCAUCCAAAACUCACGCUCAGUGGAGCUGAAGGUGUUUGUCGCUGUGGCAGGGGUGAGCCUGAGUGUGGAUCCGUCUGUGGCAGUGGAGGGGCGGAACGUGACCAUCCGGUGCACCUUUUCGGCCGGCACUCAGACCACUGUGUCCUGGGGGCGAGGGGGCACGGCCCUGACCUCCGGCGACCGCAUCACCAUCUCCGGCGGCACCCUCGUGAUCAACCCGGCCAGGAGAGACGACACCGGAGACUACAGCUGCACCGUCAGCAACCCGGUCAGCGCCCGGACGACAACGAUUAGUCUUACUGUUUAUUAUGGUCCAGACACCCCAACGCUGACCAAGGAGGCAGAAGAAUGCGUGGGAGGUGGGGAUGCAGUGGUGGGCCAGGCGUUGGAGAUCACCUGCGCCUCGGAGUCUCUUCCCCCUGCCACGUUCUCGUGGCAACACGACGGCCAAGCCGUCUCCUCCAGCCAGUCCAGCACGGGCUCGCUCGCUCUGCAGAUCUCCUCGUCCGACUCGAGCGGCCAGUACGUCUGCACGGCGCAGAACUCCAUCACCGGGGGCUCGUCACAGCAGGAGACAGAUGUGUCUGUCGUUGCUACGUGCCUGAAUGGUGGAGAGGUGGCAGGAAUUGUUAUCGCCUGUUUCAUCGUCAUCGUCAUCAUCAUUGUGAUCAUUAUAGUGCUGCUACGUCAAAGGAACAUGGAUAGGAGGCUACGUGAUGCCAUCAGUCUCCAAAAGACAGACCCUGUGGCUCGUCCACCUCCAGCCAACGUCCGAGCAGAAACCGCACCUGACCCACCACUGCAUAACAUGCCUCAGUUAAGUUACCGUCAGCCAAAUGGGACAACCGACCGGCCACACAAUGGACUUAACAACAACAACACAAACAAUGGCAUUCAACAAAAUGGCCACCUCAGUAAUGGCACACCACAUCGCAUGGGAAACACAACGACCAAUGGGAACCCAAUUGACAUUAGUAAUGGCUACAGUGGUCACCAGAAUAACAAUUUGUUUCCAAACUCUGGCCAGCAGAAUCCAAACAUUCUCAUACAGACUGGCCAAAUGCCAGCUGGUACCUCACAGCCUACGGUUCAUGUCAACUUGAACACCUUGCCAAGGACUGACCAACAGAGUGCCAAUACGCUGCCUCAAACUGUCAAUGUGAACUUGAACGCAUACCCACCGCCAUCCCCAGGCCGUCAGGAGAUUGUGGCCCUCAGUGCCCAGCAAGCCAACACAUUACCCCAGAACAAUGUGAGCUCUGUGGCUAGGUUCCAUCAGAAUUCCCAUCAGAAUUCCCAUCAGGAUGGCCUCAUACAGACUGGUCACUCGCAUGUCAAUCCUGCGUUUGAGCCAGAUGUGGCUGAAGCCAGACAACCCCCACCGUACGGCUAUGCAGCUCAGAGAUCUGCAAGGAGUGACCCCCACGUCCACAAUGACUUUGCUCAGGCACGUCAGUCGCGUCCGACUGAUGUGACCCACACUGGCCACCGUAGUACCAGCAGACAGCCCUCAACAGAUCGCAGUCUCCGGCAUUCGGACCAUGCUCAGAGUAGAUCCAGGACAAGGGACGGCGAUCCCCGCGACUCUCCUGGUCCUGUGGAACCUAGCGCAAGGCACCGCCAGAGGCCUUGGGACACGUUGCGGGGAACUCCGGCGUACCCCAGCCAGCAGGCACGUCCAUCAGUCUCGUCCACCAGCAGCAGCGCUGAUUCCCAGUCCUCUGGCCAGCAACCCCGGCCCUUUCCGCCAGCUCCAUCCAGUGGACGGCCCGCGCAGACGUCCAGACCAGGUGAGAGGGGGGGCAGAGCACCAGGGCGAGAGGCCCAGAGAGCGAAUGACCGGAGGGAGGACCACAGCCCUUCCUUCAUGGACCCCAACGCUCAGAGACAGAGAGCACCGCAGGUCCUGAGCGGCUCUCAGCCUCAUGCUAGCCAACAGCACAGCCGGCCCUCACAAAGCCACAACACGACCACUCACGCUGGCCAAAUGGCCAAUGCUGCGGCAAGAUCAGCUACAGCACAGGUGCUAAAUGUGCCCCAAACCUCAGCCGCUCAGCCCCAGAAUCAUCAGCCUCCUCCUCAGGUAAGCCAGGUGCGCUCCCACGCACUUGUCCAGAGUAGGCCUGAGCAAAGGCAGACCGCUCCACAGGGGCCCGGCACUCAGGUUCCGGUCAGAACCGGCCCAAGCCAGCCCGCUCCGCUCACGCAGGCCACUCUUCAGCAUCACACCCGCCACGCCAACCCCUUCGCCAACCGGAACGAGCAGACCCAGGCGGCUCUUCUGAACGCCGGACCCCAGGCACGGCAGCAGCCCCGCACCCAGGCGGCCCAGCCUGCCCAGCGUCCCGCAGCCAACCACAACACCACCCAGGCGGCCCAGCCUGCCCAGCGUCCCGCAGCCAACCAGAGCACCAACAAUGCGGCCCACCGGCCGCCAACGCCACCCCCGGUGCUGCAGCCCCUCCAGUUCCAGGCGCUGCCCAAAGAGCGGAAGCAGCAGCAGCACGCUAGAGCGGGCGGCGUGCCUCCUGCCGGCGCAGUGCCGGUUGGGCACAGACACCCAGUGCACAUGCCACCGGGCCACAGACCACCAGGUGCUACACAGAGACCUGUAUGGCAUGAGCCCACUCACGCUCACAGACACCCACGGGAUGCCCAUCUACAUGCCAACCUGCAGGGGCACGCACCUGCACACAGGCCGCCUCCUGCACAUGAGAGACAAGUUCACAGGAGCCGGCCAAGAUGAAGUGAUCAAUGUGUAUCUGCCAUGUCAAGAAUACUUCUUUCGGAUUACCACGGGAGGGAGCUAUAUGGACAACACAGAAUUCUGAUCUUUUUCAUGCUGUGCGGAUCCUUGUCAUCAGUCUAGGAACCGGUUGUCCAGGUUUGUGAAAACAGCACAUCGAUGACUCAGGGAAUAUGACGGAAUGAAGGAAGUUUGUUUUAUUUGUUUUGAAGGACAUGUGAUUUCCUUGAGAGGUCUUUCUUUUGGAGCCAUACAAAAACUCAGAGUGGAUGUGGUGUAUACAACUGAAGCACUUUUGUUGUGAUUUUGAAAAUAUGAAAGAAAAUAGAAAAUGUUAUGAAAGUGUGAAAUAUGAAUAUGAAGUGUGAAAUAAUAAACAGGCCAUUGUCAGUCUGGUGAGGUAAUGGUUUUGCUUUAAAUGUUUGUCUUUAUUUUGUCUAAUUGAAGAACAAAGUUUACUUAAUAUAUUAUUAUGGAAAAUUGUGUUCUUAAUAGUUGUACAAUAUCUUAAGUGUGUUGAAUCAAACUCUUAUCAAUGCAAGAAGUGCUGUCUCAAUACCAAAGAUUUUUCAGCUCAGGUGUUACCAUGAAUUGGCACUGUUAAUAAAAGUGAUCUGUUUGUAAUGUG